GCUAGUCAUCACCAAGACAAAAGUAACUGAAGAGGGAGAGCACCAAGCGAACCAGCACUUGCGGCGGCGGCGAGAUGGCCUCGGGCAAUCGCGCACUCCCGAUCGAGAACGGCGAGGUCCUCCCUGCCGCCGGAGGCAAUGGCGAGGGCGGGAACGGCGGCAGCGGCGACGGAUUCAACCGCAACCGCUCCUCCGUGGACCAGCAGAUCGAUGACAUGCGGAGGAGGCUGCGGGAGUUGGAGGAGACCGAGCGCGAGAUGCUAGCCGUCGCCGCCGCCGCUUCGCAUGAAGAUCCAGCUGCAGCGGCAACCGCACUCGAAAAGGCAGAGGUGGAUGCUUGCUCCAUCUAUGUUGGAAAUGUUGACUAUGGGUGUUUGCCAGAGGAAGUUCAGGAGCAUUUUCAGGAUUGUGGAACUGUCAACAGGGUUACAAUUCUGACAGACUUUUAUGGCAACCCCAAAGGAUAUGCGUACGUGGAGUUUCAUGAAGCUGAGGCAGUCCAAAAUGCUCUCCAGCUGAAUGAUACAGAACUGCAUGGCCGUCCAUUGAAGGUGUGUCCAAAAAGAACUAAUGUUCCAGGAAUGAGCUACCAUAGGGGAAGGCGCCCGUUUCAACCUUACUAUCCCCCCUAUCCAGCAUUUGGGAGGUCACCCAGGUUCAGGAGGUCACCCAGGUUCUAUCCCUAUUACUGAUUCUGCCGGGUUGCAGUGACUUCAGUUUUUUGCUAGCGAAUUUCCAUGAUACAUACAGAAGAUACAGGCAAAGACCCUGAAAAGCUGCGACUUCUAAAAGUUACAUAGUCUCCUUGUUGUCAUACCUCCCAUCAGACCAUGAUGACUUUUACCUUAGGAAUGAACCUAUGUUCCGAAUUAUCCCGUGAUCAGCCGGCCUGGUGGGUUUUAUACCGUUGACUUUAGCUUUGAAGUUUUAUCGAAUUUUGAGUCAGAAUUGUUGGCAAAGUCGUGUACUCUGCUUGCUCUAAUGAGUUCAAAGCAGUUGGACCUGAAUUAUCUGCAACCAUUGGCGAUAUACAUUAUGCCUGUUAGUUCAUGUUUGUUGUCU